GAUUUUGGUUGGCAAAAUCGCCCAACUUUUUUUUUUGUACUUUUCUUUCCGUCUUCGUCCCCUCCAAAGAUUUUGCAUAAACUCAUUGAUUCUCUCUCUGUCUUCCAUUUUCUGUUCUUUCGUUUCACAUUCUAAAGAUUCUAACUUGCCUUUUUUGGGCAAAAUAAAGUUUCGAAAUUUAUAUGGCCAAUGCAUCUGGGUUUUUCACGCCUUCGGUGCCGAAGCUGAGGACGAAGGUUCAGCCUUCAAUCGGCAUUUCUGGAUCUGGGUUUGGCUUCUCUAGGAGAGUAGUGUGCUCAAGUGCCAUUGAAGGUGCAGAGAAGCAUGUUUCCCCUUUAGAAUCUCGAGUCCCCAAGCUUGUGAGUAAGGGCUGCAAGUUAGUUGGCUGUGGGUCAGCAGUGCUAUCUCUUUCGGUUUCCAACGAUGAUCUUUCGAAAAUAGUUGAUACUAAUGAUGAAUGGAUCUCUGUCCGCACUGGAAUACGAAAUCGACGGGUAAUUUCAGGUCAGUCUUGUUUCAUCCAGUGUGGACUGGUUAUUACUCCAUCAGGCAAACCAAAGGAUCAUCGAUGCAGUCGCGGCACGGUUAGAGUUCCCGCAGGAAAAAGUGAUAUCGAACCUGGCAAACUACGGUAACACGAGCGCCGCGUCGAUUCCUUUGGCGUUGGACGAAGCCGUCCGGAGCGGAAAUGUGAAGUCGGGGCAUACGAUCGCAACCGCGGGCUUCGCCCCAGGUCUAACUUGGGGUUCGGCAGUUAUUAGGUGGGGAUGAAAGAGGACCCUGCAGCCAAAUUAACCAUGUCUGAAAAGAACAGAAGCAUUCUCAUGAAGAAGAGCUCUGUCCAGUCCCGACAUUCUGAUCCAAAAAUA